CGUGUUGGCAAAUCAUGAAUGACGUGCUCUACGCGGGCCGACUGAUUCAAGUGAUAGACAGAAUAAGGCAGGAUAUAAAGCCUGGAGGAGAAACGUUCGCGCCGCAGAACUGCAGCGUUCCUCGGCUCGAACGUAUUCCCUAUUUUUUCGAGUAAAAUUUCUGGACCUAACUCGAGAAAAAAUAAAUCAAUGACAGAUAUGUUGGAGAUAAAAAAUGUUGCCUGCAUUGGAGCGGGUUACGUUGGUGGCCCAACUUGCAGUGUAAUGGCAAAGAUGUGCCCGAAUAUAAAAUUCCGCGUCGUAGAUCUGAAUGCGGAGCGUAUUGCUGCAUGGAACUCCGACAUUCUCCCCAUUUAUGAGCCCGGUCUUGAUGAAGUCGUCUCUAGUUGUCGAGGGAAGAACCUAUUUUUUGAUACGAAUGUGGACGAUGCCAUUAAAAACGCAGACUUGAUUUUUAUUUCUGUCAAUACGCCGACGAAAGACUACGGAAUAUCCAAGGGACUAGCUGCUGACUUGAAACAUGUAGAAAGCUGUGCACGAGCCAUUGCCAGGGUCACAACCUCUGGACACAAGGUGGUUGUUGAGAAAAGUACUGUUCCUGUGAGAGCAGCUGAAUCUUUGGAAAUCAUUCUGCAAGCAAACAAAACCGAAGAGUCCAGCUUUCAAGUGCUUUCGAAUCCUGAAUUUUUAGCCGAAGGAACUGCAGUCAGAGAUCUUCUUAACCCUGAUAGAGUGCUGAUUGGUGGGAAGAAGGAAAGUGAGGAAGGGCUUCAAGCCAUCGCAGCUCUGGAAUCGAUUUACUUGCAAUGGGUACCAAAGGAAAAAAUCAUCACCAUGAGAACAUGGUCUUCUGAGCUUUCAAAACUUGCUGCUAAUGCAUUCCUAGCCCAAAGAAUAUCCAGCAUAAACGCAAUCAGUGCAUUGUGCGAGUCCACGGGAGCAGAUGUGAGCGAGGUGUCUCAAGCCAUCGGAAUGGAUUCAAGGAUCGGACCGAAAUUCCUUCAGGCGUCUGUUGGUUUCGGCGGCAGUUGUUUCCAAAAGGACAUUUUGAACCUCGUGUACAUUUGCGAGACUCUGAAUCUGGGGGAAGUGGCCGAUUACUGGCGAUCAGUUGUCACUAUGAACGAUCAUCAGAAGAGGCGGUUCACGAAUCGCGUCGUCACGGCUAUGUUCAAUACUGUGGCCGAUAAAAAGAUCGCGCUUUUGGGAUUCGCCUUCAAGAAAGAUACUGGAGACACUAGGGAGUCUCCGGCCAUUUGUGUGGCCAAGUUUCUGCUGGAGGAAGGCGCGAAACUUCAGAUCUACGAUCCGAAGGUUCCCGGAAGAGUCAUUGAAGCCGACUUGAAGUCCUCGCCGAAAUGGUGCAACGUGACGAUCCACGACGACGUGUACGACGCAGUGAACGGGUGUCACGGACUCGUCGUCUGCACGGAAUGGGACCUGUUCAAGAGCCUGGAUUUCCUCCGCAUCUACGAGACAAUGCUGAAGCCUGCGUUUUUGUUCGACGGCCGCAAGUUUCUCGACCACGAGAAGCUCGACGACAUCGGCUUCAACGUGCACACGAUUGGUAGGCCAAGUCGCAACGGUAACAAAUCCCCUUUCAAUGGCUUUAAAUGAACGCAGCAAUUAAAAACAACAAGGACGAAAAUUACAUUUCCUGGCUAUUUAUUUUUCUAAUACAGUGAGACCCCAAGAUGCAGAUGUAAUUUGUGCAUCAAGAGUAUCCCCAAGUUGAGUCUCAUUUUCCUUUAGACUUACAUUGUAUAAUUUUUAAUUGGUGUUUUAUGCGCAAAUUACUCACCAUAAUUCCAUGAAAAUAAAAAUUGUCUCCCACUUGAAAAUGAUUCAAUCAAUAUAAUUCAACACAAUAUGAACAUUUGGGGAAUUGAAAACUGAUACCUGUGUACAGUACAUAGAAAUUUUGGCAUUCUCUGUAAAAAAAAUAACAUUCAAGUGAAAAAGAGAGAAGGAAUUCCUUCUAUACUGGAGGUAAUUAUUUUAAAUUAGCUAAAUUGAUGGUGAAUUCCUGAGAGAAAUGCCCAAGAACUUUUCUUGAAUCAAUUUUAGGGUUGGAAAUAUCUGUUCCUUGUCAUUUUGCCUGAAACUUAUUUGAAAUUUUAUCACAAAAUGUCCCUAUGUUGAGUCAGUGUCCUCAGGUUGGGCCUUUUUACUAAUUUAUUUUUUUGGGAAAAUAAGUGUCCUAAUGCCAAAUUGUCCACAGGUCAAGGUGUCUGGUAGUGGGGGUCUCACUCUAAAUGUUUGAAGUUUCUUCUCAAUGUGUAAAUGACUUGAGGAUGGUUGUAAUAUGCAACAGUUGAAUUGCCUCUUGAAAUGUAGGCAGAACAAAGUCACUGGGACUCAGAUACAAGCUUUGUGGUGAAACAAAAAUUUGGUCCAGAUAAAUUCAAAUUACGUUAUUGUGGCUAUUGGAUAGGGACUCAAGAAAUGAAGUUGUUGCAAACAAUACUUUUUUGUACUGUACAGUUGUGCCAUGCUGAAUCAAACUCACCUGUGUCAAAUUUUUGUUCCGUCCCUGUCUGAAAUCCCGUGAGAAUAAUGUAUUAUAGACUUCCUUAACUGAAAGGCUUUCUCCCUCAAUAACUCGAAUUUCUGGUGGCUUUUUGACUAUUAUUAUUCUAGGGACAAAAAAAGGUCCAAAUGGCAAGAUUAAAAUUUAGCAGCCUUUUCAGAAAGAAAUGCUCUAAAUUCAUUUAAUUUUUCAAUUUGAAGUAAUGAAUAAGACCAUCAAUUUUGAAUGAGAAUUCACUUGGAAAUUUUUCUUCUCUGAUUUGCUUAUUCCAAAUGGACAUGGUUGUACAGUCCUGAACUUCUGCUUUCCAAAUUCAAUUUUCACUUUGAAUGGAACUGAGUCCUUGUUUUGGUCUUCAUCAUUUCAGUACACUGUGCUUGAUGAAAUGUUGUUGAAAAUACACAUGGUUCAUUAAUUUUUGGGCCACUUAUUGAAAAUUUUUAACAAAUCCCUCUUCUUUAGCUUUAAGGAAAUUGAAAAAAUGUUUGUAUCAAAAAGCGAUUGGGAAUGGUUUGUGUAUGUGAAGAACUUUUUAUUUUUUUCUAUGUUAUGUGUGGACAUUGGUAUCAAAAUCAUCUUGGCAAACUUGAGAAUCCGUUUGAAUUGGUGGUUUGUUACAAUAAGUUUUCAAAUUUGGGCUCAAAUGUAAGAAAAAGUAUGUUUUAAAAAGAUGAAAUUAUUUUGCAUCCUUCUGGUUUUGAAACUUUUUGAGCGAAAUUUCCGAGAUACCGUACCUUGAUUUUUAAUGCAUUAUGUGAGGAAAUUUAAUUUUAAAUGCAGACCGAUUUUGUGCUUGAUUCUUUGACUAAAUUUUUUUCUUCUGCCGAGGCAUUGAAUUUGUUGUUGUUGCUGUUGUCUCGAACUGUGGCAUUCGGAAAUCUCUGGGUGAAAUUAAGCUUCUCAACAAAGAAAAUAUGUGGAUUUUAAUGUCUGUUUUUUCUCUAACCAGUGAAUUUAUUUUCAAGUUCAAGAUUGAAAAACACCGCCGGAAAAAUAUUUUUUCACCACUGUUUGGACACGUUCAUCCCGGUAUUUCGGGUGGUUUGUUUUUCUACCUGUUUUUUUUUUUGUGUGUGUGAGCACAUUGCAUGUGUUUUGUUCUCUUGUCGUACUUGCAUGGUGCAACGGAUGUAUACACUUGCGGGUGGUUAUUAAAAUUGUUUGUCGCAUUGCUUUGGAAUCCUGCUUUCCCAAUUGUUUUUUUUACAGGCACCCUGUAGAGAUUCGCAUUCAUCAGAAGAGCACAUUUAGAAAACAGCAGCAUAGCAUGAGCACGAAGAAGUGAUGGCUGAACCGUGGAUUUACUUGUUCUUUCCUGAAAAAGCUUAAAUAGAGAGUACAGUAGUAAGACAGAAAUAUUUAAACUUUAAUUCAAGUUAUUGAGAUUUUUCAAUCACGUGAUUCUGCAACCUUAGUUUGCUGUUUUAAAAUUUGAUCCUUCAUCUAAGAGCAAGUCUGAAAUC